AUGAACAUAGAGAUCUUUGGCCACGCACGCCAACGUGAACCCAUGUACCGUCUGUACAGCCGUCAGGUGCGCAGCAAGCAACUGGCCAUCAAGAGGAUGAACGAGAUCCAGAAGAGCAUCGAUGGCUGGGAGGGGAAGGACAUCGGCCAGUGCUGUUCCGCGUUCAUCCUGGAGGGGGCGCUCCUCCGCGCCGGCGCCAAACACGAGCGACACAACUUCCUGUUUGACGGCCUCAUGAUCAGCUGUAAGGCCAAUCAGAGCUCCCGACUCCCCGGUUCCGGAAGCGGGGCGGAGUUUCGUCUCAAGGAGAAGUUCGUCCUACGGAAAGUCCGCAUCGUGGACCGCGAGGACUCGGCGGAGUUAAAACAUGCCUUCGAACUCGUCGGUAAAGACGAGAACUGUGUGGUGUUCUGCGCUCGCUCGGCGGAGGAGAAGGGGGCGUGGAUGGCGGCGCUGGUCACCCUGCAGUACCGCUCCACACUGGACCGUAUGCUGGACACGGUUCUACAGCAUGAGGAGCAGGCCCAGCCCCUCCGCCUGCCCUCCCCGGAGCUUUACCGCUUCGCUGUGCACGACUCCGAGGAGAACAUCGUGUUUGAGGACCGUGUCCAGAGCAAGACUGGGAUACCUAUUAUUAAGGCUGGGACGGUGGUCAAGCUUAUAGAGAGGCUCACAUACCACAUGUACGCUGAUCCCAACUUUGUACGCACCUUUCUGACCACCUACCGGUCAUUCUGCAAGCCCGCAGGAGUGUGGGCCUGUUUGAUAGACAGGAUUGAGAUCCCUGCAGAACCCACAGAGGCAGACAAACAGGCUCUAUGGAAUGGGGAUCAGCCAAUGGCUGCAGAGCUACAGAGGUUCCGAGAGGAGUACGUCCAACCCGUCCAACUCCGGGUCCUGAAUGUGUUCCGUCAGUGGGUGGAGCAUCAUUUCUAUGACUUUGAGAACGACCCUGAGCUACGAGGCCGACUGGAAGGAAGUACAUCAGCAGCAUCCUACACUCCGAGUCGUUCUUUCUUUCCUGCUCGACCAGGCAAGUCUAUGAGGAAGUGGGUGGAGUCCAUCAACAAGAUCAUCAAGAGGAAGAUGCAGACUCAGUCCAACGGGGUCAGCCACAACAUUACCUUCGGAGCCCGCCCCGCCAUCAGUGGCAAUCAGCCGCCUGGUCAGACGGACACCUUUGACCUCAUGACCCUUCACCCCAUAGAGAUCGCACGCCAGCUCACCCUGCUUGAGUCUGAACUCUACAGGGCUGUGAGGCCGUCUGAGCUGGUGGGGAGUGUCUGGACCAAAGAGGACAAGGAGAAUAACUCUCCCAACCUGCUGAGGAUGAUCCGUCACACCACCAACCUCACGCUGUGGUUCGAGAAGUGUAUUGUGGAAGCAGAGAACCUGGAUGAGAGAGUAGCAGUGUUAACCCGGGUCAUUGAGAUCCUGCAGGUGUUUCAGGAGCUCAAC